GAAGUGGGGGAAGCACUAAGAUGGCAGAGUGGUAAGCAGCAGAGAAAGAGCCUCUCUGAGAGUCGCUGUCCAGAUGCUGGGAUAUAACAACAUGAGGAAGACAAGAAGAGGGAAGUGGGACCCCUGGCUCCAGGAAGGAUCUGAAGUAUAAAUUGAAGCCCACAGAGAGAGUGAAGAGAGAAACUUCAACAAAGAAGGAGGUAGCCGGUGCACCUUCUCCCUGAGAUAGGACUCACUGUAUGAGCAGAGAGGUUCAGAACUUCGGAUGCACAGUGACCCAGAGGCCUCCUUGGAGAGAUGCAGGUGAGCAGCAGAUGUGAAGGACUGCACUAGCUGUCAAUGAGCAUGGAGGGCUCAGUCACCCCUUGAGAGGGAGUGAUUGGCUGGGAACCAUCUUGGAGAGAGGCCAGCUAAGCUGAGAACUCAAGAGUGGCUGCUGGCUCCAUCUAGUGGCUCGCCCAUGAUUGCUGCAGGCCGAUUGACACUGGUCUAAACCAGAAGGUGCAGGCUGAGAUUCUCCACUACCCCACCAAAAAGCUACUACUGGCUUGCUGAGAUAGAUCAGCAUGGAUCAGGACUCUGUCUCCACAUGUUGUCUACCAAUGACAGCAGAGAUAAACCUCCUGGUGUGUGCGGGCAGCUGUCCUCCAGGGAGUCGGGUUCAGCUGCAGAGAGCUCGAGAGGACCCAUGACCUGACCUAACCGCGGUAAGGCUGACAGGCCCGGGGACAACGCUCUCCAGCCCUUGGUACUGCUGUACACUUGUUCCUGGCUCCCAGCGGGCAGAGGGGCUUUGCCCUCCAGGAGCUGCCCUUACACACCGCCAGUCGGGCUCGGGCGUCACACAGCAGGGAAGGGGCACUGCUGAGCUCCCAGCGGUCGGCUGGUCUCUACCCACUACUGCAGCCCGCUUCUGACAGCUGCCAGCCACCGCACCGUGCCCCAGCAUGAGGCGCCGCAGCUCCAGCAGCACGGAGGACAAGGCAGGGAGGACCGUGCCCUGGGGCGCUGAGCUCACCCUGGAGAAGCGGCUUUGCACCUUCCGGCCCCCAGUGGAGGAGAACUGCAGGCUGGUGCUCAGUGCGAUUUGCUUAGGAGAGAAAGCGAGGGACGAGGUGAACCGCGUGGAGAUCGUGCCAACGGCAACGCCGGAGGACAAGAAGCCACCUCACGUCACCAUCGCAACACUGAAGUCCUCGGUCCUGCCCAUGGUGGCCAUGGCCGGUGUCACGCUGUCGCCCCCAGUCACGUUCCACCUGCGGGCCGGCUCAGGCCCCGUGUUCAUCAGUGGCCAGGAGUGUUACGCUACAGAAUCCUCAGACCCCACGUCGGAAGAGGAAGAGGAAGAGGAGGAGGGAGAGGAGGAUGAGGAGGAGGAAGAAGAGGAGGAGGAGGCGGAGGCGGAUGUGUCUAUGGAGGGCACUCCUUCCAAACGAGCCAAGCGGCUGGUGCUGCAUAAGCAGACCAGCACUGCCAAGAAAAUAAAGGUGGAAAGAGAAGACGACCCGGCCCCAAGGUGCAGUGUCUCCAAGACCCCCUCGAAAAAGGGGAAAUAUUCAGAACGACCUAGGAAGCCGGAGGCCAAGAAGAAAAGUGCCAACAAUACCCCGUGAUCCCUGAAGGCCUCUUCCUCCAGCCGUGCUGUGGAGCAACCCCCACCCUCAUCCCUUCUCCUGAGCCCCAAGGUGGCCUGGUGUCGUGCACCACCAUCCCUCCAGGGUCAGAAAGCCCCGCGGAGACCACAAUAAAGUUUGCUUUGUCAUG